CCCAGUCAACAACUCUCUUCUCCACCACUCCUCCCCAUCAUCAUCUCCACCACCACUACUCGUUAACUUGAUCUAAUCAUGGGAAGGGAGAUUAUCAGCGUCUCGGUCGGACAGGCCGGCAACCAGAUCGGUACCGCCUUCUGGGAGAACAUCCUCCAGGAGCAUGGCCUUGACCGCAACGGCAAGUAUGUCGGCAACGAUGACCAGCAGCUCGACAAGGUCUCCGUCUACUUCAACGAGGCCUCGAACCAAAAGUACGUUCCCCGCUCGGUCCAGGUCGACCUCGAGCCUGGUGUCGUCGACCUCGUCCGCUCGGGCCCCCUCGCCACGCUCUUCCGCCCCGACACCUUUGUCCACGGCCAGAGCGGUGCCGGCAACAACUGGGCCAAGGGAUACUACACUGAGGGCGCCGAGCUCGUCGACCCCAUUCUUGACGUCCUCCGCCAGCAGGUCGAGAGCUCCGACUCGUUCCAGGGCUUCCAGCUCCUUCACUCGCUCGGCGGUGGUACCGGCUCUGGUCUCGGCACACUCCUUCUGAGCAAGAUCCGCGAGGAGUACCCCGACCGCAUGCUCUGCACGUUCUCCGUAUUCCCCUCCCCCAAGGUAUCCGAGACCGUCGUCGAGCCAUACAACGCCAUCCUGUCCACCCACAUCCUCGUCGAGAACUCUGACAUCACUUGCUGCAUUGACAACGAGGCUCUCUACCAGAUCUGCGUCAACGACCUCAAGCAGAAGGCUCCCGAGUACAAGGACCUCAACCAGCUUAUCGCCAAGGUCAUGACUGGCUUCACCUCCACGCUCCGCUUCCCCGGUGUCCUCAACUCGGACCUGCGCAAGCUCGCAGUCAACAUGGUCCCCUUCCCGCGUCUCCACUUCUUCGCCGCCGGCUACGCCCCUCUCGUUGCCACCUCGAACCGCGCCUACACCGCUUCCAACGUGCCCGAGCUCACCAACGCCCUCUUCCAGCGCCGCUCGCUCCUUGCUGCCAUCGACCCCGCCAUGGGCAAGUACCUCACCGUCUCGGUCGCCUACCGCGGCAAGCUCUCGAUGCGAGACAUCGAAAACUCGGUGUACGAGUACCAGUCCAAGAACUCGGAGUACUUUGUCCCCUGGAUUCCCAACGGUGCUCUUACUACUCUCUGCACUGUUCCUCCCAUCGGCCAGGUCGCUUCCGCCACCCUCGUUGCCAACACCACCGCCAUCUCGGAGGUCUUUAAGCGUUCCCACGUCCAGUUCCGCCAGCUCUUCAAGCGCCGCGCAUACACACACUGGUACACGGGCGAGGGCAUGGACGAGAUGGAGUUCACCGAGGCAGAGUCCAACCUGUCCGAUCUCGUCGACGAGUACGACCAGUACGAGUCGGCGCAGCUCGACGACGAGUAUGACGACGAGGCCGAGGCGGUAAGUGCCAGCGCGGCUUAAGGGCGCCAAGAUGCGUGCAUAGAGCGCCGUUUUGUCGAUUGUGGUUGGGGUAGCGUCCGGUGUAUGGUGUGCCGCAAGGCGUGAGCGCGAGCAUGGGGAAAGGGCCGGGGAGCGAGCACGAGCAUGGUGUGAUGGGCCUGUGGUCGUGAGUGUUCUGGAGCGCACUGCGAGUGAGUGUACUCGGACGGGCAGUGCGCUCGCUUGCGCUUGUGUUCUUGGUGGCUGAGAGCGGUGGGCCCUGCGCGCCUCCCGCCUGCCUGCACACCUCACGUGGCCGCUCGAUCGUUCGCAACGGGGCCGGAGCAUGGAUCUGGGAAACGACUGUGGCGUUGGGUGCUGGGGCGGAGCAGCGCGCGCGCGCUAACCCCAGGUGGCUGAGGAGUACGCGGAGGACUUUGCCGAGUAAGAUAACAUAUUGUCCGUUUAGUAAAACGUUAUGUGAUAGUGCCCC